AUGGCGAUCUUACGUGGACGACAUAAGCUUCGACGUUAUUUCAAACUUAGCAUUCAAAAGGUAGCCGCUCUCUCUUGUAUGAUUAUCACCGUCAUGACCAUGUACUUCCUUAUCGACUUCCGAGAUUUCAGCAGAGAUGAUUUUCACACAGAAGAAAUCGCAUCAUUUUCCAGUCGAGCCAAGGUCACUAUGACUAAAAUUGCAAACAUAAGGAAGAGCCAGGAGAUUGCGAAAAUCGAAGAACACUUCAUAUCCAUUUGCUUGACAUGGAGGACAGUUUUAGAGUGGAAUUUUAACUCAACCACAGAGAAACGAAUAAUUGCCUUGAUGAGAGCUCUUUCGCCGGCUUAUGUACGAAUUGGUGGUAGUGCCAGCCACUAUGUACAUUUUCAGUCUCGGGAAGAAGAAAAGAGUCAACCUUUUGGGAAAAAAACUUUGAUCAUAUCCGGCGAAGAAUUAGACAGAAUCAACCGGAUUGCAGAGAGCGCCGGCUUCAAAGUAAUUUUCAGUUUGAAUUUAUUAAAAAGAUUUAUGAAUAGCUCAUGGGAUCCAAGCAACGCCUUAAGAAUAAUGAAAUACGUCGCAUUGAAAGGAUAUAAAUUUGGAUGGCAGCUUGGCAACGAACCAAAUCACUUGGAUCCCUUUGGUGUCACCAUUUCGCCCGAACAACUGGCUGAAGACUUUAAGCAGCUCAGGGGUCUCUUGUCAAACACUGCUGGCGUUCACAAUUUUCUUGUUGGACCAGAGGUAACACAGCCUCGAGGAAAUGCGAUAGAAUAUUUACAAAGUUACUACGUUAGGGCAGAACAAUGCUCCCUUCCACAGUUCUAUGUCCCGCAAACGUUGGACACACUACUUCAAGACAUAAAGGAGGCAGAUGAGGUAAUUAGUGAGUAUGCUCCGGGUCUUCCCAGGUGGUUUGGUGAAACUGCAAGUGUCAGUGGAGGGGGUGCAGCUGGAAUAUCUGGCAGAUUUGUGGCUGGUUUUUUGUGGUUGAACAAACUGGGUAUGGCGGCUCAACACGGGUAUGAAGUGGUUUUAAGGCAAACGAUGUUCCAGGGGUACUACUCGCUAGUGGGACUGGAGGACAUGGAACCAAAUCCAGAUUAUUGGCUUUCGUUCCUCCAUAAAAAAUUGCUUGGUACCAUUGUCCUUGAGGUCAAGCGUGAUUUAUAUCUCCCUGAGAUGGUGAGAAUCUUUGCCUAUUGCACCAACACGAAAUCAGGUCUUUACAAAAGGGGUGCAAUAACAUUUAUGGCAAUGAAUCUACAUCCAGAGAGAGAGGCUAAUGUUAUUUUGAAUAAAAGUCUUCAAGAUCACGAUAUAGAUGAAUUCCUUUUCACUCCAGAUGGAGACAUUACUUCAAGGAGGAUCAAGCUUAAUGGCAAGGUGCUUGAAAUGGGCUCAGACUCCUUUUUACCUUCUUUUCAGCCAAUCAGAAUACCGAGAGCUAAUCGGGUGAUUCUUCCACCUUUGACGUAUGCUUUCUACGUUGUCCCAGAAGCGCAUGCUAAACCAUGUUUGGAAUCCACAAAAGAACAACCAUAACAGUGUUUUUAGAGAAUAUAUCGGCUUUAAUGAUAGCAAAGUUCCAAAGUUCUA